CCUUACUUGGUGCUCGGUGCCUGGCUUCCAGGGUAUCUCCCUCUGCCAUCGUCGCAUUGGCAUCUUUUGCUCCUGUGAGAGCAAACCUAAAGCGCGUGUUUGUCUCGACGUCUGGAGUGCUCGCUGCAGGCCUCAUGAUGCAGGGACUGGGGAAGACGGAGAGAGGAGAGCAGGGACGCGACAUCGACCUGGCAUCGAUGAGAUCCACCAUGCCAGCCAGCGGCCCACUGCAGGGAGUUUCCACACCUGCCUUGAACAUGAACCUGUAUGCUACCAAGAAGACGGCAGCUGAAGGCAUGCUAGACAUCGCUCUGUUCUUGGCCAACAUCACGCACAUGAAGACUGUCAUUGAACAAGGAGCAGGAUACAGAUACUACGCUGCUGUCCUGACGCUCAUAUCCUUCUCCCUGGCUCUUCAGAUAGUCGCCGGCGUUUUGAUUAUCAUAAUAGCCCGCAGGGACCUGAAUGUGGUGUCCAAUCAGAAGCGACUCGACUACCUGAACAACGUCACCACGGGCGUCAUCUUUGUCACCACUGUGGUCAACUUCUUCGUUAGUUUCUUCGGCUCCAAGAGGACCGGCUUCUUCCGCUGGUUGCUGGCCAGACUCCACUACUGACACUUCGGACAAGGCCGCAGACGCCAUCUGACAGACACUAACACGACCAGAACGAAUUCAAUUCAAAUACAAUUAACACCUUGAUCUGAGACAAAAUUGAGGCAAAUAAAUGGACUCUUUGUAAAGAGACUCAAACUGUAACCAAGCUAAAAUGUUGCCUGUUUGUUUCUUUUGUGGGGCUGUGAUUUUCAGACUUUUAUACAAAUGUUGGACGUUUUCUGUCUUGGUUAAUACAUUUCAGUAAACGUCUUUACUUCGUAUUUGUACUUAACUUAAAAACUGCUUAAAAGAUGCUUUUGAGGUUCAGUUUCUGCGAGAAAUCAGGAUCGAUGACUGUAAACUUUCACCUUCGGAAACUCGAAUAAACCCAGUGGUUUGAAGAAAA